GCUCCCGAUAAGGCGGCCGCACAACGACCAACUCGCGCGAAGGAACGCGAGAGCGUCGCACGGGCGAGGAAAACGUGAGGAGGAGCUCGGAGGUGGCAAAAAAAGAAAGAACAUGGCCGACAGCAGAGGUGAACGGAACAGCGGUGGCGGGGAGCCGGACCCUCGACUUUCGGGACCCGGUCCGGUGCCCCAGGGCUCGAAGCAACCUCCCCGCACGCGGCCUGUUCACGUCGGAAAGAAGGGCGGCGGCGGCGGCGGGAACUCGUGCGGAUUCACCUGCCUCAAGUACUGCCUCUUUAUCGUCAACCUUGUCGUCUGGCUCCUGGGCUUGGCCCUGAUCGUGGUGUCGGCGGUGUCGCUGGCGGGAUCCUCCUCGACGGAAGAGGCCCCGCUGCCCGGACUACAGAGCGUGCGCAGCGCGGCGGCCACUGCCCUCUUCCUCGGCUGCCUGCUCUUCAUCGUAGGCUUCCUCGGCUGCUGCGGGUCCCUGAAAGAGUCCAAGGUUCUGCUUAUCGGUUACUUCGUUAUCUUGCUGAUCGUCUUGAUAUUCGAAAUCGCAGUCUUGGCUCUGGCGUUCGCCUACGUCAACAGCUCCGCGAUGGAGGAAGCCCUGAACAACCAAUUCAAGGACAUAAUAACGGGUGGCCGCCGGGAAAAAGACCCCUGGCAACAGGAGAAGGACAUGAACAUGGUGCUCUUCGUGCAAGCCGAAUUCCGUUGCUGUGGAGGACGAGGCGUCGAGGACUACACUGACAGUGGCCAGGACAUCCCACCGAGCUGCUACGACAACCACGACAGCCAGCGGCCUCACCUCUACGAAACGGGCUGCUCAAAGGCGAUGAAAAGCUAUGUUAUGCGCAACGGACUGGGCAUAGGGCUCGUCAACCUGUUCACCCUUUUCGCCCAGAUUGCCGCCAUGAUCUGCUGCUGUCUUCUUAUCCAGGGCAUCAAGAAAGUUCAGAACAAUGCAUCCGGAGCCUAGAGCCACCCCAUGCGGCCGUUGUAUCACUGCCACUCGUCGAGAGCAUCUCUACGCGUCUUUAUACGCCUAUACUUUCACUGUAUAUUAUUGCACGAGAAACUUUUGGAGGGGAAACACGAAGCGCCCACGCUAUUCUACGUCAUAUUUUCAGAGUUUGACCAUUCCCAUCUACUGAAUCAGCUUUCACUUUUUUUCUUUUUUACAAGUUGACGUGUAGUCAAGGAACAUCAUUGAAAUGUCACUAUAUGCGUUUGUUAUAUGAUCGUUUGUCUUUGCAGAUAACACUCCUCGCAGUGGCAUGAAGAAAUGUGCACAUUUUCGAAAAUAUAUUCUAUUCUCUCAGA